GAGAAAUUUGUUAGAAAUGACGAAAGGACUGAAAUCCCUGCUUCACACACACCAAAGAACAACCUCACUUCCACCCAAAACAAAUACCAGUGCUAUCAACCAACCAAAAACUAAUUCUCUCUCUCUCUCUAUAUAAACACCAAACCUCAGCCCUCGGCGCUAUCUUCCCCUCUCCCCCUCACCAGUCUCUUCCUCCUUGUUCUUCUCCCUCUGAAAUGGUUAUGGAUAAUCCUCCAUCUUCACCCUCGUUUCCACCUGAGUUAGAUUUGGACCACCUCAAAGCCAUCAAAAUCCUGGGCAAAGGAGCCUUGGGUUCUGUCUUUCUCGUGCACCACACUUCUACCGACCCCAUCGCUCCUUCCCCGUUUGCCCUUAAGGUUGUACAACGAUCCAAACCUGAUUAUGACCGUCGUGCCCGUUGGGAGAUCGAGGUCUUGUCCAGGCUUUCCCCUCCCAACCCUACUCCUCACCACCCUUUUCUCCCUCGUCUUUUGGGUCUUCUCCAAACCCCCGACCUUAUUGCCUGGGCUGUCCCUUACUGCCCUGGCUCUGACCUCCACGCCCUUCGUUACCGUCAACACGACCACGUUUUCUCCGCCCCUGUCAUCCAAUUUUACCUCGCCGAGAUUAUUUGCGCUCUAGACCACCUGCAUUCCCUGGGCAUCGUUUACCGAGAUCUCAAGCCUGAAAACAUCCUCAUUCAACACUCCGGUCACGUCACUUUAACGGAUUUCGACCUUUCACGCAACUUAAAGAAGAAGCAAUUAUCAGAAACUGUAGCUGACCUCAAAAUGGAUCCGAAUUCAUCGCCUGCCAUUCCGGUUCGACGAAACUUUAUCCGAUGGGUCCCCGUCGUAGCUGAUAACAAAUACCGCAAAGCUUAUAAGAAACCGAAACCAGCCCGGGUCAGCCCAGUGAGUCGAAGGAAACCUAGUUUCUCAAACGGGGAACGUUCCAACUCCUUCGUGGGCACCGAGGAAUACGUGUCACCUGAAGUAGUACGUGGAGAUGGACAUGAGUUCGCCGUCGAUUGGUGGGCUUUCGGAAUUCUAACCUACGAGAUGCUCUACGGUACGACACCUUUCAAAGGGAAGAGCAGGAAGGAGACGUUUCGAAACGUUUUGUACAAAGAGCCGGAGUUCAUCGGACAACGAAGCGAUUUGACGGAUUUGAUCCAACGGUUACUACACAAGGAUCCAAGAAAAAGACUCGGGUAUCACAGAGGCGCGUGCGAGAUCAAAGAGCACGCGUUCUUCAAAGGGGUCAGGUGGGACCUCUUAACGGAGGUAUUACGACCGCCGUUUAUUCCCUCAAUCGAAGAGGGCGACUUGACGGAGAGAGGCCAAAUAGAUAUAAAGAAAUAUUAUCAGAGUUUGAAGACUCCAUUGUCAAUGCCACCGUCACCACUGCCGUCGCCGUCAUCGGAGCAUACACGAAACGUUUCUUUCUCGGAGUUCUAACGCACGUGUAAGCUUAAGUUAGAUCAAAUCCUUCUUUUACAUUUUAAUUCGCUUUUUUUUUUUUUUGGUAGGAUUAGUGUACAUAAAAUAACGGGAGCAACGAGAAAAAUGGCGGAAACUAGUGGGGUAUAAAGCCAUUAUAAAUUGUAGUGUGACAUAAACAGCUCGUAUUUUUUAAAUUUACGAUUAUAAAAUGAUAGUAUAUCUUAUUUUUAGUGAAA